AUGGACGCACUUUUCAACCGACGACCUCCUUCUGUAUGGGAAAGAUUCCAGUCCUCUCCUCUCCUCUUCCUCAAUCGACUAUUUUAUAGUCCCUCCAAUUCAUCCGAGUCUCAACGCCUUGAAAAAGUCCACAUCGUUUGCAUAUCAGAUACCCACAACUCUCAUCAUGACCAACCCACUCUCCCAGACGGCGAUAUCCUAAUUCAUGCUGGGGAUCUUACUGUAUCCGGCACCCAACACGAACUCGACAGCGUUUUAUCCUGGCUCAACUCUCAACCACAUCCUCACAAAUUCUUCAUAGCCGGGAACCACGACUCCUGUCUUGCUGAUCCCGAAACACACCAGCGUAUCUCCUCGGCAUACCCGGCCCUCACAUAUCUCCAGGAGAGUUCAGCACAAGUUAGCAUACGCGGGCGAACCCUGCGUAUCUAUGGCAGUCCUUACACCCCCAAACACGGCUCUUGGGUAUUCCAAUACCCUCGUGUCCAUAAUGCAUGGUCUUCUGCCUCUGAACCCCCCACGUCCGAAUCAAACCGAAUCUGGUCUCGUAUUCCUUCUCUCACUGACAUCUUAGUCACCCAUGGUCCACCAUUAGCUCAUCUUGACCUCGACAGAGCCGGGUGCUACGCGCUCUUGACUGCAUUGUGGCGCGUUCGACCACGGUUACAUGUGUUUGGUCAUAUUCAUGCUGGGAGAGGUGUGGAGUUUGUGAAAUGGGAUAAUGCGCAGAAGGCUUAUGAAGAUGUGUGUGCUGGGCGAGCUGGAUGGAGUGGUUUGAUUAGGUUAGUCUGGUGGAGGAUGGUAGGAUGGCUUUGGAAAGGAAAUGGAGAAGACGGUAUAAUUAUGGUGAAUGCUGCGUCGGUGGGGGGUUUCAAGGAUGACCAGAGGAAAGGCGCUAUUGUGGUUCGAUUGUAA